GUAUUUUCUGGUAACUGUACUUUUCAGCUUUCAUACUCAAUGAUUGUUUGAAGCUUUAGUAAAAAUAAAAAAUUAAUUCAGAUUUACCGCUUAACCGGUUAUACUUAACAUUUUUUAAUUAGUACAUUUACAAUAAAUCAAAUAACAAGAGAAUUCAGUUUCUUCAAGUUUUUUAUUUUUAAAAGUUUUAGUCUUGCGUUUGGAUCUGUGUCAAGUAUUAUUGAGAUUAACCUCAGCGAACCGGUUUGUCAGCGGAUCCCCUCCAGUUUACUGUGUUCUGUGUUCAGUAUUUGGUACUUACUACAUAACUAGUAAAGUAGUAACAGUAACUAUACUAACUUCUAGUUACCUACUACUAUUAUUAUUAUUCUACUUGCUACCAUAAUAGUAGGUACUUUAAUAGUUAGUUUCCGUUCGAUUUGAAAAUUUUUCUUGUUGAAUCAAAAGAAUCUACUGAUUGACUAUAUAAAGAUGACUGGACGCGCAUUACAUUUCGUGUUCAAAAUAGCCGAGAGAACGAAAACCAUCAAGUUUUUUAGAGAACUCUUGGGAAUGAAAAUAUUGAGGCAUGAAGAAUUCACUCAGGGCUGUGAGGCGGCAUGCAAUGGACCGUAUGACAAUCGUUGGAGUAAAACUAUGAUCGGAUAUGGACCAGAAGACACUCAUUUUGUAAUUGAACUUACCUACAACUAUGGUGUUGAUGAUUACAAACUUGGAAAUGAUUUCCUUGGAAUAACGAUAAAAUCUUCAAAAGUGUUAGAAAAUGCUAAAUCCCUCGGUUGGCCUGUUGAAGUCGAGGACAACACGUCUUAUGUUGUAGCACCUGGAGGAUAUAAGUUUUAUGUUAUUGAUGAACCUCAACCUGUUGAUAAAGAUCCUGUUGUAAAUGUCAUGUUAUCAUCUACAAACUUGACGAAAUCUAUGAAAUUUUGGAAUGGCAUACUUGGCUUAAAAAUUUUCAAUCAAAAUGAAUCUUUAAUAGAAUUAGGAUUUGGCGAUGAUCAAGCUAAAUUGAAAUUAAGAGAUAUUGGAGAGCCAAUUAACCAUGCAACAGGAUAUGGAAGAAUAGCAUUUGCAGUUCCUACAUCUGAGUUAAAAAGUUAUCAAGAAAAUGCCAUCAAUAAUCAAUAUAAAAUUUUAACUCCUUUUGUAACCUUAGACACACCUGGAAAAGCUUCAGUGUCGGUGGUGAUUUUUGCUGAUCCUGAUGGACAUGAAAUAUGUUUUGUUGGAGAUAAAGAAUUUCGUGAGCUAUCUCAGUUUGAUGCAAGUUCUGAAAAGCAGUUAGACAAAUAUAUUGUUAAAGAUGAAGCAAGAAAAUUGAAAAAUUAAAUGUUUGUGAUUACAACAAUUCUUUUUUAUUUGUGUUUCUAAAUUUUGUAUAACCAGCAUACAUUUAUAGUUUUAUAUAUUGUUAUACAUGAAAUAGUAUUAAAGAUAAUGGGUUAACUUAUUUUUUAAAUUAUAUAAUAUACAUUACCUAAUAUAAAAUAUUGUUGAUAAUAUGUAUUGAUAUAUUGAACAUGACUCAUCUAAUUAUUCUAAAAUCUAAAUGUAAUGUUCAAAAUAGAUAUGAUAUUUUGUGUUGGUCA